AUGUUUGGCAUUCUCGAGGCUGUCACCGUCCCCCACGAUGGUGUCUUCUCCAGCUUUGAAGACUUGAUGCGCGUUCUGAGCGAUCGCGUCACGAAGGAGGGCUACAAGAUCGUCAAGGCGCGAUCCCACCGCGUACGAUCAGGGGGAGCGGAAGGGGGCGCAAACACCAUGAACCGAUGUGAUCUGGUGUGCGAUCGAGGUGGUCGACCAUAUAAAAGCCAGGCGACAAAACACAAGACGUCAACUAAAAAGACGGACUGCCCGUGGAAGGCCAAAGCUGUGUUGCGCAAGACCAUGGGCGGCUGGGUCUUGACCAUUAUAUGCGAUCAGCACAAUCAUCAGCCGGGGACACCGGAACCGCCCACGCCACCCGAAGGCAGUGAAGAUGGGGCCGAAGAGGGCGAGGACGCAGAAGGUGAUGAAGAAGGCCCACGGCCAGAUGCCGACACUGCGGCAGCUAUGCAGGUUGCAGGCGUGUCCAGUGCAGCUAUGCGAUUGACGGGCGAUACCUUUGCACAGUUUAAGAACGAAUAUCGCAGCAUGUCUCAAUCCGAUCGGUUAAAUGCCCUUUCGCAAAUGCAACUCCGAGUUGCCGCCAUAUACGCGAUUCAAAACGAGGAACUACAACGAUUCAAAAGAUGGGAGACCACGCAGCAGCGCCACAAUGAGAUCGAAGAGAACCGGAAGCAACGGCAGCAACAGAAGCGAAGCCGCCGACAGACUCUACAACCACAACACUUGCAGCAGCAGCAGCAGCAACAGCAGCAGCAUCAGCAACAACAGCAGCAGCAACCGCAAUCGCAACAAAGGCAGCAGCAACCAUUGCCAGGUCAAACACCCCAGCCUGGGACACCAGUACAGGUUCCAAUGCAAUCCCAGCAGCAGAUGCCGCAAUCGGAGAUGACGCACCAAUUUCGAUUGUCUGACAGUCCGGGUAUGAUGGCCUUGCCUGGCAUGACGUUAGCUCUGCCCCAACAACCGCAAUAUCCCCCGUCGAAGCGUAUGCGCGGUAAUAAUGGACAAGCAACCAAUGGCCAGUCAGCGUGA